CGGCCUGUCGAGUACGUCGUGGAUUCUACGAUAAACAUCAAUUGUAUUAUAUUAUUUGUUUAUUGUUGAUUUCACACUUGUUCUUCACAGUUAUUAUUAUUUUUACCUUGUUAGUGUUUUAGUAUGCUUAUUGCUAUUGGACAGUAGUGGUUACUGAUUUGGAUAUAGUGUUUUAAGUACAUUGCCUUUUGUCAUUACGUUUUGAGAGAAAUGAAUUUUGUUUAUAAACUUAUGUUUUGUUUUUUUCUCUAAUUUCCACGCGUUUUUUUACAAUAUACUUACACUAAGUUAUUUUACAAUUUUUUUCUCUAAAAAAUUGAAUUGCCUUCUAAGUUAACAAUGGCUGAUCACUAUAUUCAAAAAAAGAACUCGCCUAAUGAAAAACCUAUUGAAGUUUUCGUCAGAGUUAGACCUAUGAGCGAUGGAGAUAAAAGUAAAGGCUUACCUGUUGUGGAUGUUUCAUCUAAUCAUAAAGAAAUAAUAGUAACAGAAAAAACCGUUUUAGCCGAUCGUCGAACUAAAACAUUUCAUUUUGACAAAGUUUUUGGACAAAAUUCAAAGCAGGUUGAUGUUUAUAAUAGUGUUGUAUAUCCUUUAAUAAAAGAAGUAUUAGAUGGUUACAAUUGUACAGUUUUUGCUUAUGGACAAACUGGAACAGGAAAAACAUUUACUAUGGAAGGUGAAAGGUUAAAUGGACAAUCAUCAAUAUCUUGGAAUAAAGACCCAGUUUCUGGAAUUAUUCCACGGGCUUUGAGUCAUAUGUUUGAUGAAUUACGACUAUUACAAGUUGAACAUACAGUUAGAGCAUCAUUUUUAGAACUUUAUAAUGAAGAAAUUUUUGAUCUUCUAUCUUGUUCAGAAGAACCAUCACACAAAUCUCUUAGAAUUUUUGAAGAAAAAAAAGGAUCUGUAAUUGUUCGUGGUUUAGAAGAAGUAAUAGUUGCUAACAAAAAUGAAGUGUACAAGUUACUAGAAAAGGGUUCAAAACGACGUCAGACUGCUGCAACUCUAAUGAACUCUCAAUCUAGUCGUUCACAUACAAUAUUUACCAUAACUGUUCAUAUAAAAGAGUCUACAAUUGAGAAUGAAGAUAUUGUUAGAGUUGGUAAGUUAAAUCUUGUAGACUUGGCUGGUAGUGAAAAUAUUGGGCGAUCAGGUGCAAUUGAUAGACGUGCUUGUGAAGCUGGCAAUAUUAAUAAGUCUUUGUUAACACUUGGUCGAUGUAUUACGUCACUUGUAGAACAAACACCCCAUGUUCCAUACAGAGAAUCUAAACUUACUCGUUUAUUACAAGAUUCUUUAGGAGGUAAAACUAAAACGUCUAUAAUUGCUACAAUAUCCCCCUCACACUGUAAUUUGGAAGAAACAAUGAGCACAUUAGAUUAUGCUUCUAGAGCUAAAAGCAUUAAAAAUAAGCCAGAAGUUAAUCAAAAAUUUACAAAAAAAGCAUUAAUCAAAGAAUAUACUGAUGAAAUUGAAAAACUUAAGCGAGAUUUGGUUGCUACUAGGGAUAAAAAUGGAGUGUAUGUAGCUGAAGAAAAUUACAAUGAUAUGGUAUUAAGAUUAGAAAAAAAUGAGUUAGAUAUUUGUGAAAAAAUUGCUACAAUAAGAGCUGUUAAUGAUGAAUUAAACAAAAAAGAAGAAAUAAUGAGAGAUUUAAAAAUGGAUUUAAUAAGAACAAUGGAUGAACGUGACAGAAGAGAUAGUCUUAUUGUUAAACUUGAUAAAGAAGCUACAAAUUUAAGAUUUUUAACUGAAAUUUAUGAAACUGAUAUGAAGUUACUUCAUGACAAAAUAGAACGCACUGUAGAUGUAGAAAAAUCUAAUGAAUCUGCACUUGAGAGGUUGAAAAAACGUGUUCAAGAAACAAAUAAUUCAUUUUCAAACACAUUAUCAUUAUUUGAAAGUAAAAAUAGAGAAUACUUAGAUACACAAAAUAAACUCAAUGAUGAUAUGCUACAUCAAAAUUCUUCUCUUGAAAAUGACCUACAUAUUGUCCUCAAUAAGUUGAAUGAUCAUAGUAACACAACUGUAAACAUUUUUUCAAAUAUAAAGGAACAAGUAAUGGAUGUUUUGAAAUGUGUUGAAUUUGGAAAAAAUGAGUUAAAUGAAAAAAUUAAUAAUUUAUUAAAAGAAAUGCAAAUAUUAGAAUCUAAUAUUUUAGAGAAAUCUGAGACGAUAAGUGUUGUUAGUACAACAAUGGAUUCAUAUCAUAAUGCAAUAUCCACACACAUCAAUGAGGCAAAAUCUUACAGUAAAAAUAUAAAUGAAAUCAUGUAUGAAAUGAAAUAUCGGUUGGAUACACUAAAUGAGUAUAGUAAAUCCAUUGAAAACCUUUAUGUUAAUCAUUUAAAAAAAUGCUAUGAAUCUAUGGAUAUUGAAAAACGUGAAUCAUUAAAGAAAAUUCAAAGCAUGAAGAAUGAUUUUGUAAACUUUACUUUAAAAUGUGAACAAUUCAAUGCUCAAUUCUUGGAUAAUAUUAAAAAUAUUGAAGAUACAAAAUCUUAUGAUGAAAUAAUUGUAGAUUUCAAAACACAAGAUAAUAAAUUAUCUGAAAUGUUUACAACACAAAAUAAGGGAAUCCAAGAUAUAAAACCAUGUUUAGUAUCAUUAGAAAAAGUUCAUGAACAAAAUUGUAAUUUACUCCAACCUAUUGAACAUCUAAUAGAUGAGAGCCGUAUAUCAAUGAAUACUAUAUCUGAUGGUGCUCAUUUAAAUAAACUAGCAGACAAUUGUGGUAACCAUGAAAAAAUACUUGAAGAAAUUGAAAUUUCUAUGAAUAAAGAAUUAAAUAAUUUUACUCAAAAUAUAAAUUCACAAAUGGAGAUUGUCAACGAUAAUAUUUUGGAAACCACCAAAAAUGUUUCUGAAACAUACAUUGAUGCUAAUAAAUUAUUGAGUAAUUUUGGAAAUGUUUCAAAAGAAUUUCACACAAACUUCUCAAUUCUCAAAGAAAAACAAGAUGAUUGUAUAGGUACUGGAAGUUUAUGUGUUAAAGAAGAAUUUUUCAGGCAAGCAACCAAUGUUACAAUGUUUUUGAAUGAAUCUAAGCAAUCCACACCAUUAGGAGAUACACCUAAAAGAAGGCAAUUGGAACAUCCAGAUUUGGUUAACACAACAUUGAGACGUGAAAUUACUCAAAACUAUUUAGUUAAUUUUUCUGAACAAGUAACAAUUUCUUCACCUUCAUCUACGGGUUCGAAUGAAUUUUCGUUAAUAGAGUCUGAAUCUAAUUUACCUUCUAAAGAAAAUAGCCCUGAGGCUAAAAACAUAAAGAAACGCGCAAACAGAACUUUAAAAAAAUCUAAUAAUAUUUUGGUGGAACAAAAUUGAAUUGUGACUAUGUAAAAUUGCGUGCUAGACAUUUUACAAAUUUUAAAAU